AUGCCUCAAGCGCACGGAUUCAAUGUGACACUGGUGAGUGUUGACAAUGAAGAUUAUGUCGAAUACGGCAAUCAAACCGUUGGCGGUUCCGCAUCACGAAGCCGAGUUGUGAGCAGCAAAGUUCUAGCCAGAGAUGGAGAGCGCUUCUACGUCAAGAUUCGGUAUGCCUCUGUGUACGCGCCACGAUAUGAGUUGAGAAGCAACUUCAACAACAGCUCAAUCGGCGGCCCCAACGGCAACGUGGCUAAAGAGAAUCAGCGCGCCAACUCUAACGAACUUCCUUACAAGUUUGCCCUCAAGGUUUAUGUGAACGGGGAAGAGGAACAAGAGUGUUCGAGGAUCCUUAGCCCAGACUUACAAGAAGUCGUGAUGAAAGGUCGAUACAAGAUACUCUCGAAAGGCACAGGUCAGAGAGCCAUCGACGUAUCGGUGCAACCAUGGAUCUUCACCGACAGAGGCAUCGAGACACUUCUAUCACGACUUGACCUCUCGCCGGACAGUCAUAUCCCUGAGAGUCCGAUCGACCGAGAAGUGGACGAGAUUGCUGAUGCUCUGGAGAACUUGACACCCGCAAAGCGAAGCAGACCGGGCGGCCAGGUCGAGGUGAAAAUCUAUCGCCUUAUUGACCUCGGCGUUGGAAUUUAUGAAGGGGGUUAUCGUAGAAACAAGGACCAGGACACGGAAGACAGAAACGCUGACGGUACGCUUGCCAUCACCACUGACCGAAAAUCACAGAGUUUCAAACGACUUCACAUGCAUUCCUAUGAGCCAUACGACGACAAAGAGGAGUUCUACGCCAAGUUUGUUCUGCAGGCGAUGGACUUGCCGAAGCUGAUUAACCUUGGUCUAUGCACUCCUGACGGCAAACCCACUCAGCAGCGAUUGCAGGCCCAGAUGCCGCUAGCGAUCAUGCCUAGCAGCUCUACAUGCCAAUCCAGCCCGAUGAAGCGCGUCAAGACAUCUAGCCACGGAUCGGACUCUGAAGAUGGCGACGACAAGAUGGACGACUCAAGCGAUAGCGACAGUUCAGCCGAUGAAGGUACGUCGAGCGACGAUGAUGCUCAUCGACCGCAUAAGCGUCGUGGAGCUAUCAUGCAUUCCGAAACAAUGCAGGCAAAAGCGACUCCUGGCACAGCUAGAAAGAUUGGAUGGAAACCAGAGAAGCCGAGUUUGACGUACGACGGUGAGGUGAAUGAGAGCAAGGAGAAGUGGUUGCAGAUUGUUCGAGCCAACGGCGAAGACGGGUUCCAAAUGGUCAAGGCGAACACGGGCGAUACUGAGGCCAGCUAUGAGCCAGGUCAGUUGUUGCUUGGAGAUGCCAAUGGAAACGAGACCGGAGAUGGUAAGGAAACGCUGGAAUUGGUCAAGGUCGAUCACAGCACAGUGGAAGAUAUGGGAGAAGAUAAGGUCGAGUGGUGA